AUGGGUGAAUGGUGUGGCAAAAAUCUUAAAGAUAUUCAAGGAUGGAAAGAAGAUGGUCUUGAAAACACAAUUACUAGUAAUGAAACUGCAAAAUUACUUGAUGCUUCUAUUAGACAAUUAGUAUCAUUAAGAGAUUGUGAUCAACUUGGUGGUUUUGUAAAAACAAUGACCGAUAUGUUACAUAAUGAACCAAAUGCAGUUUUACCAAGAAUUUUUGUUUUAGCUGUUGAUGUUUUAGGUACUAAUAAGUCAUGGUAUAUAAAUGAAGAUUUUAAAAAUAAAAUAAAUAAAGUAAUAAAUGAUACAAAUAAAUAUGGUAAUAAACGUGAAAAAUUACAUAGUAAUGCUCUUAAAGCUAUGGCUAUAGGAUGUACAAUGGAAGCAUUAAAUAUAUAUGAAUGUAUUUUAGCACAAUAUCCAAAAGAUUUAAUGGCAAUAAAAUUAUCUCAACAAUUAUAUUUUUUUACAGGUCAACCAUUUUUAAUGAAUUUAAGUAUGAAUAGAAUUAUUACAAAAUGGUCAAAAGAUAAUAUUAUGUAUUCAUAUCUAUUAGGAAUGCAAGCAUUUGGAUAUGAAGAAUGUGGAAAUUAUAGAAUAGCAGAAAAUAUUGGUAAAGAAGCAUUAAGUUUAAGAAAAGAAGAUGCUUGGGCAACACAUGCUUUAUCACAUGUAUAUGAAAUGACAAAACAAUAUGAGAAAGGAAUUGAAAAUUUAAUUGAAACAUCAUCUUAUUGGAAACCAUGUUGGAUUUUAGAAUGUCAUAAUUAUUGGCAUUUAGCUUUAUUUUAUAUAGAAUCUGAAAAAUAUGACGAAGCAAUAACAAUAUAUGAUAAAAAUAUAAAAUCAUGUUUAUUAAAAUAUAAUAGUAUUUUAGAUGCUUGUGAUGCUUCAGGACUUCUACAAAGAUUAGAGUUUUGUAAUAUUCAUGUUGGACAAAAAAGAUGGGAUGAUUUGACACCAUUUAUUUUACCUUAUACAAAAGGACAUAUGUAUUCAUUUAAUUAUCCAUUAAUGGCUAUUGCAUUAGGUCAUUCAUCAAAUCCAAAACAUUUAAGAAAUUUUGUUGAUUUAGAUAUUCAAUAUACUCCAUCAAAUGGUGAAACUUCUUUUUAUAUAAAUAAAGUUUCAAUUCCUAUUAUUCAUGGUAUUGAUGAAUAUUUCAAAUGUAAUUAUACAAAAUGUUUUGAUUAUUUAUAUCCAAUAAGGUAUAAUAUUAAAAAUAUUGGAGGAAGUAAUGCACAAAAAGAUAUAUUUACACAAUUUAUAAUUAAUGCUGGAAAAAAAUCUACUAAAAGUGAUUAUAAUGAAAAAGUAAAAAUUGUUCUUGAAGAAAGGAAAUUAUUAUAUAAUAUAAAAAAUAAUUAUCAGUGA